AUGGCGCUGCUUCGGCUUCUUGCCCUCUCGCUGCUCUUCGCAGUGGCCACUCCUAUCAGGGACAUCACCGAUGCUUGCUCGUCACAAGUAAAGGAUUUCCAGCACCUCAACAGCACGGGGCUCCACCUGAUGCUGCACCACCCACGGAGCCCCUGCUCCCCGGCGCCGCUGCCCGCCGACGUCCCCUUCUCCGCGGUGCUCACCCACGACCAUGCGCGCAUCGCGUCGCUCGCGGCGCGCCUCGCCAAGACGCCGUCCUCGCGUCCCACCACGCUGCGCGGGUCGUCGUCGUCCCCCGACGACGCGUCCCUCGCGUCCGUGCCGCUCGGCCCGGGCUCGUCCGUGGGCGUGGGCAACUACGUCACCCGCAUGGGCCUCGGCACGCCGGCCAAGCAGUACGUCAUGGUCGUGGACACGGGGUCCUCGCUCACCUGGCUGCAGUGCUCCCCCUGCAUCGUGUCGUGCCACCGCCAGUCCGGCCCCGUGUUCAACCCCAAGUCGUCCAGCUCCUACGCCUCCGUGUCCUGCUCCGCGCCGCAGUGCAGCGACCUCACCACCGCCACGCUCAACCCGGCCGCCUGCUCCACCUCCAACGUCUGCAUCUACCAGGCCAGCUACGGCGACAGCUCCUUCUCCGUCGGGUACCUGAGCAAGGACACCGUGUCGUUCAGCUCCACCAGCGUGCCCAACUUCUACUACGGCUGUGGGCAAGACAACGAGGGGCUCUUCGGCCAAUCGGCGGGGCUCAUCGGCCUGGCGCGCAACAAGCUGUCGCUGCUGUACCAGCUGGCGCCGAGCAUGGGCUACUCCUUCUCCUACUGCCUCCCGACGUCGUCGUCCUCCUCCGGGUACCUGUCCAUCGGCUCCUACAACCCGGGGCAGUACUCGUACACGCCCAUGGCGUCGAGCUCCCUCGACGACUCGCUCUACUUCAUCAAGAUGACCGGGAUUACGGUGGCGGGCAAGCCGCUCUCCGUGUCGGCGUCGGCCUACUCCAGCCUGCCGACCAUCAUCGACUCCGGCACGGUGAUCACGCGCCUGCCCACGGGCGUGUACUCGGCGCUCAGCAAGGCGGUGGCGGGCGCCAUGAAGGGGACGCCCCGCGCGUCCGACUUCUCCAUCCUGGACACGUGCUUCCAGGGCCAGGCGUCGCGGCUGCGCGUGCCCCAGGUCAGCAUGGCCUUCGCCGGCGGCGCGGCGCUGAAGUUGGCCGCGACGAACCUGCUGGUGGACGUGGACAGCGCCACCACGUGCCUGGCCUUCGCGCCCGCCCGCAGCGUCGCCAUCAUCGGCAACACGCAGCAGCAGACGUUCAGCGUCGUCUACGACGUCAAGAACAGCAAGAUCGGGUUCGCCGCCGGCGGCUGCAGCUGA